AUGACUAUAGUCUCAAACGAUCCCACUCUAUGGCCGUUAAUCGAUUCUGCUAUAUUUUUCAGCUAUUGGAACAUUGCCGCUGGCGUUGUGGUGAUAUACGAUUGGGCACUAACACUUGGACAAGAGAUUGAACUAAUCUGGAGACAACGCUGGUCUCUAAUGACUGUGCUGUAUUUGGUUAUGCGCUACAUUGGAAUACCCUAUUCUGUUAUCAGCGUGUUGCAAGGUACACCAUUGGUCUUGCUGACAGAUGCAGUGAGCAAUGUUAUGGACUACGCACAGAAUGGGACAAAUGUGGUCGUAGCUGCCAUGUUGGGCAUUAUCAUGAUCGCUCGUUUACAUGCUAUGUAUCAGGGAUCUAGAAAGAUGCUUAUCUUCCUUGUUACCAUCUUUCUGGCUGUUAACAUUGCCUGCGGAGUAAUCACGGUAAUAGACCUCAAGUACGUUGUAGGGGAGGAGUGGAUACUUUCUGGCGUGUAUAUGUGCAGUUAUGGAGUUGAAGGGGAUGUCCAGCUUCUGUAUUCACUGGUUUGGAUGCUCAUCACUAUUUGGGAGGUCCUCGCACUGUGCCUUUCAGUUUGGGUUGCUGUGAAACACUUCCGUGAGCUGCGACGACUCGGCCCAUUGACAGGAUCGACCAUCGGGGACUGUUUCAGAGUGCUCAUACAAUCUCACAUUCUUUAUUUCGCAAGCUUUUUUUGUGUCUCUUGCUCCCAGUUUGCUACUCUCUCUCCAGAAAUAUUGAAUUCAGAUUCUUUUGGAGCUGCGAUACUCAAUGGUACUCUUUUGAUUUUAUUGGUCGUGCAGAUGUUUGUGCUGGGACCACGCCUCAUUCUUAGCGUUCGAGAGUACCACGCCAAACUCGUGGAAGACUCCGAUGCAGACACUAGCAUCAAUUCGAUUGUUUUCCAGGAGCGUGUACAUGUAUCAACUAGCAGUACUGUGUAG